GGGAUUUCAACUCAUUCGGGAGCCACGGAUCCACCUCUCACCUUCGAUUCCGCCACUUCCACUCUCUCUCGGAUGCCAAAAGCUUUCUCAAGGAGAAAGGUUGUGAUAUAUGUGGAGUGGAAAUUACGGACAGUGCAAGGGCUGUCAAUCAGCACCCUUUCAAAAGGAGCACCGCUUUCCUCCUUGGCAAUGAGGGAACAGGGCUUUCGGAAAAGGAGUGUGAGAUCUGUGAUUUCUUUGUAUACAUUCCGCACUAUGGGUGUGGAACUGCAUCUCUUAAUGUCACUGUGGCUGCGUCUAUUGUUCUGCAUCACUUUGGAGCUUGGGCUGGCUUCCCUGAAAGAUCGCGAGAAGGAAACAAGUAUGUUGUUGCUGAAAGACCUGCGAAACAAGGUAAGAGAAACUAUUGCAUGGAAAGCGCAGAAUCUAUUGCUGAAGAGAGAAAAAUUAAGAGGGAAAACGCCUCUAGUGGAUUCUUUGAUGAGAUUGGCAAAGAAGAUUCCCAUUCCAAUUUGCUACAUACAAUGUUUGUUGAUUAGUGGGAGGGGGGACAUGGACUUGAAUCUCAACUUAAGCACAUCUACCCCUCAUCUUAUUUGGAAAACCUAAGCUAUUUCGAGGUUAAGGAAGUUUAGCUAAGCCAGGAUAGUCAAAAGUGAUGCUGCUGAGCUAGAUGGAAGGUGGUAGAUAUUCGGUUGAUUUGGGUAACCUCCAACGCAAUCGAAGAAACGAGAUUGGGAGGAAGAAAUCCCGCAAAGGUAAAGAACUUGCCGGGUCUUCAUCUCAAAGUCGAGAUGAUUUUGAAACGGGUUACCAAAGGCGAGAUGGAGAUGCGAUGUCCGAAGAACAACUCCAACAAGAAUUGGCCCGACAUAAUAACCGCUUUCUACAACAACAACAAAUGCCGACGACCAUUGACGAAGAGGAGCUUGAGGAUGAAGAUGCGGAGGAAUUGGAACCGGAGAUGGCCGAGGAGGAGGGUGCCGGCAGCCACGACGCCGACGCGCCUGCCUCAUCCCAAACCGCCACCGGUAAUAAAAAAAGUAAGUCUGAACUAAUGAAAAAUAAUUUUGAUAAAUGGAAGGACCCACAAACCGGCUAUUGGCACGCAACUUGCAAGUGGUGCAACAACAAUUAUAGUUUGGAAACCUCCGGCGGAUACGGAUCCGCCGCAAGGCAUCUUAAGGCAAAGCACCCCGUGGAGUAUGCAAAAUUAGGCGGCGGAACGGGGAAGCAAACUCAAAUAUCGAGGUUUGCGAAUUCUCAACCUUUUGGUAAUUUCUCCUACAAUGAUGCACAAAAUUUGACUGGUAUGGCUAACUUAAUUUGUGAAGAAAAUUUGCCUUAUUUGUUUUCUGAAAGUCUUGCUUUAAGAGAUUAUGCACAAGGUAGUUUAAAUCCUCAAUUUAGAAAUUAUAGUCGCAAAACUGUUAAGAAAGAAAUAAUAAGGCUUUAUAAUGCGGAAAAGGAAAGGUUACAAAUUUUUUUUGCAAACUUUGAUGGGCGUGUUACUAUUUGUUCUGACAUAUGGGAGGAUGAUUUUCAUCAUUUAUAUUAUUUGGAUCUGACUGCACAUUAUAUUGAUGAGGAUUGGAAUAUGCAUAAACGUGUUCUUGCUUUUCGUGAAUUUAAUGAUCGUCACACCGCUGAACAUAUUUAUAUUUUGAUUGAGCGUAUUUUAAUUGAGUAUAAUUUGAUUGAUAAGGUGUUUGCUAUUGGUUUCGAUAAUGCUACUAAUAAUACUGCUGCUAUACCUAGAUUGCGUGAGUUGUGUGGUGCCAAUUCUUUGAUGGGUAGAUUUUUUCAUCAACGGUGUGCAUGUCAUGUUAUAAAUUUAUGUGUGCAAGACGGUUUAAAAGCGUUAGGAGAUUCCAUGGAGGUAAUAAAAGGGGGGGGGGGGGGGGGGGUUAGACGUAUUUGGGGUAAUGGUCAACUUAGAUUAAAAUGGCAAAGUUAUUUGACUGAAAGAGGUGUGAGAUAUGUUGUUUUUCCUAAAGAUUUGAGUAUUCGUUGGAAUAGUACUUAUAAAUUACUUAAAGUUGUUCUUAGAUAUAAAGAACAUUUUCCUGCUUUUUUAAAAGAACAUGAUAACUAUAUUAUAAACGCGGCUGAGAUCGACACUUGCGAAAAAAUUUGUAAUGUUUUGAUAUAUUUUUUUAAUGCUACUGAAACUUUUAGUCAUGUUUAUAAACCUACCGCAAACCAAUUUAUUCCACAAGCUGUUAAUCUCGCCGAUGCUUUUAAAGAAUUUCAAAAUGCCGUUUUCGUUCAUUAUUUUUGUGAUUAUAUGAAGGAAAAGUUUUUAAAAUAUUAUGCGCAUAUUCCCCAUAUUUAUGGUAUUGCAUUUAUUCUCGAUCCUCGUUAUAGACUUGCUAAUUUGGAAGAUUGUUUCAACUUCUAUUAUCUUGCGUUUUUCGGUGAAUUUCCAAUGUAUGAGGAUAACCCCAUAGAUCCGAAAACGGAAUACAACGAGGUUAGUACUUUAUUUUAUGCCUUAUUUAAUGAGUUUCGUGCACAAUAUAGCAACGCUCCCCCUCCCCCGUCACGAACAUCUUCAUCUAAAGGAAAAUCGAUUUUUAAAUCUGCAUUUGGCAAUCUUAUGAAAAAAACUAAAACAACUCACGUCACUGAACAAAGCGCAUUGAAUGAGAUUACUUUGUAUUUAACAUAUGAAGUUGAUUUUGAAGAAAAUGAUGACUUUGACGUUCUAGACUGGUGGAAGUCAAAAGAAAGAACGUUCCCGAUUUUAGCACGGAUGGCUAAGCAAGUACUAUCAAUGCCGGUUUCAACAGUUGCGGUGGAACAAGAAUUUAGUUCGGCCGGCAACGUCCUAACGGCAUCUAGAUCGAGAUUGAGCGCGGAGUCUCUUGAGACGCUUAUAUGCUACCACGAUUGGUUGAAGGCCGCACGUAGAACUCAAGAAUUGAGCAUCAUCCCCUCCCAAGAUUUUAUGGAUGACUCAACAACCGAUGGUGGCUCUACCUAUGCCGGAGAUUCCGAUUGAUUAGUAUUUUAGAAUUUAUUACAAAAUGUAUUUUAUAGCACUUGUCAAAUUUAUUUAUACUU